CUACUUAAUAUGUAUUUGUAAUUUUUGAAUAUGAUAUUAAAGUAUUUAUUUCUUUUUUUUUUUGCAAAUAAAUUUUAAAGGGGUAAAUUAAAUAAAGGAAGCACACUGUAUGUCACACGUCAACAAUUUGUUUUACUGCGUGUGACAACCUCGUACUCUUCACAAUACGGAAAAUAAGUGCUGAAAUAUGUUGAGUUAAAUUUAUUUUAUUUUAGUAACUAUUCAAAAAAAGUGGUUUCUUUUAUAAUGGCUAGUCCACGUACACGUCGUGUUCUUCAAGAAUUAAAACCCAAGGAUGAAAACUCGAAAUGCUUUGAGUGCGGGACACACAAUCCUCAAUGGGUUUCGGUUACGUAUGGUAUAUGGAUAUGUUUGGAAUGUUCAGGGAAACACCGUGGUCUGGGCGUGCACAUAUCAUUUGUACGUUCCGUAACUAUGGACAAGUGGAAAGAUAUUGAAUUGGAAAAAAUGAAAGUCGGUGGAAACAAUAAAGCUCGAGAAUUUUUCGAAGAACAUCCUGGUUGGGAUGAUCGAUCACCCAUUACCCAACGCUAUAAUUCCAAGGUUGCUGCUCUAUACCGGGAUAAAAUAUCCACUCUAGCCCAAGGAAAGUCUUGGGACUUACAGGAAGCAAAAGAUCGUAUUUCCGCUACCACAAUUUAUUUCGGUGACAAAAAUAUCAAUUAUACUUCUCAUUCCAAAAUUAGUGGUUCUGAAGGUGGCUAUCAGACAGAAUCAAACAUUGGAUGUGGUAAUAAUACAAAUAAUUAUCAGCAGUUCAAUACGCCUGAGUUCAAAGAGCAAAAGGAAGAGUUUUUCGAGCGUCGAAAAAUGGAAAAUGCCUCGCGUCCAGACAAUUUGCCUCCUAGCCAAGGAGGGAAAUAUUCGGGCUUCGGAUAUUCUCGAGAUCCGCCAUCAAAAACACAAUCUCAGGAAAUUAUUGACUCUACGCUUUCUUCCUUGGCUUCGGGCUGGAGCUUACUUUCGGCAGGAGCAUCUAAAAUUGCAAGUACGGCAAAGGAAAAAGCUGUGACGACAGUAAGCUUGGCUUCUUCAAAGAUUAAAGAAGGCAGUUUAUUAGAAACUGUUCAAGGUCAUGUUUCCGAUGUGGCGUACAAGGUAACAGAUAUCGGCAAAAGAGGUUGGAACAAUAUUGGCGGAAGUAAUGUAGCAUCUAAUGAAUUCAAUCCAAAUGGGAACAAUAGUAGUAGCAAUGAUAAUUCCUAUCAACGAUCACAUUCUCUUGGUGGUGACGGUGACUGGGAUUGGGGGGAUAGUUCCUCUAAGCCAACUAUAACUCAAUCUAAUUCGUAUCAUCAACAACUCGGAGAAAUGAAUGAUAAUAACUGGUCAGGAUUCGAUUCUGGUGGAUAUCAAAGUGCUUUCCAACAAAUAAAAGCAACUGGAGAUUGUCCGGGCACGACAUCGGUAAAGAAAAACACAAAUCUUCAAUCAAGCUCUGAAAAAGUGUGUGAAGGUUUCAAUACUCUUGAUGUUAAAAAUGUAGCCAACAAAAGCACCAAUAAUGGAAAGGCCACAGAAGAAGAUGCUGCUUGGGAUUUGCUACUGAAUUAAAUGCGAUAUAUCAUUUUUUAAUUGUUUAAAAACUUUUCAUAUGUGCUUAUAAUAGCAACAUAUCGAACAUUUUGAUGAAAAUGAAAUAAUGGAGAUGAGUUUUUUUCUGUAUUUUGUUUUCUUGUACUAGCUUGUAAUAAAAAAGUAUGUAUGUG